CCCGCGAAGCCUCUGCGGCGUCAGGGCCCGCGGCCCGAAGCCCUCCUGGCCGUAGCUGCGCAGCGCCGCCGCCUCGUAGGCCUCCAGGAUGGUCUGGCGCUCCUCGGGCGCGUGGAGAAGGGAUGCACCUGCACGAUGUGCCGCUGGAUGGUGCUGACCUUGCUGACCUUGAGCGUGGCCAGCGCGCCCCCGCACACCACGCACACCAGGCCGCGCCGGCUGCAGUCUUAGUCCAUCAGGCACUGCUGACAUUCAGGGAUGUGGCCAUAGAGUUCUCCCAGGAGGAGUGGGGAUGCCUGAACCACACUCAGCGGGAACUGUACAGGGAUGUGAUGUUAGAGAACUACGGACACCUCCUCUUCCUGGGUCUCAUUGUGUCAAAGCCAGACCUGGUCUCCUUUUUGGAGCAAAAGAAGGAGCCUUGGGAUGUGAAGAGAAAGGAGACAGUAGCCUUCCAUCCAGCCAUAUCUUCACAUGACAUCCAGAGCUUCAUGCCAAAGCCGAGCAUAGAAGCUUCUUUCCAAAAAGUGUCAAUGGGUAGACACAAAAAUAGUGACAUUGAGGAUUUACACUUAAUGAUAGACCGGGACAAUGAUGGGAAGAGUGAAGGGUAUCAAAGAUAUCAUGAAGGACAUAUCCAGACUCAGACAACUGCCCAUAAUAAGAAUCUCACUGUCCAAAAUGGUGAACGAUAUAAAACAUUUUGGAAAACCUCCCCUUUUAAGUCAGCUGUUUCCAAAAACCAGUGUGAUUCUGCAAGUAAAAUCUCAAAUCAAAUAUUCAAACAUACCUAUUUAGGGAAAGACAGUUUGGAAAAUCUGGAAAGUUACCUAGUCCAUGCUGAAAGUAAUUAUUUGAACCAUUCUGACAAAAGGAUUGGAUUGACUGUUCAGUCAAAUAUUUCUGAAAAUCAGAAAUUUAAAAACGAAGAACAAAGUGCUAAGUGGGAUCCAUUUGAGAGGUCCUUCACCGAGGAGUCGACCCUACAGAAUUACCAGAGCAUUUUCAAUGGAGACAGAAUUGCUCAAUGCAUUGAAUCUGGGGAAACAUUUAAGCAGAGCUCAAAUGUUGAUGAACAUCGGAGGACUCAUUUUCCAGGAAACCAUUAUGAAUGUAAUAAAUGUGGGGAAGUCUUUUAUCAAAACUCUAACCUUAUUAUACAUAAGAGUAUGAAUAUGGGAGAGAAUCCGUAUAAUAAAUAUGUGAAUACUCUUAACCAGUCCUCCAAUGUUGGUGACCAUCAGAGAAUUCAUGUGGGAAAAAACCCAUUUGGAUGCGAAAAACCUGGGAACAUGUUAAGUCAGUCAUCAGGACUAAAUAUACCUAAGGCAAUCCAUACUGGAGAGAAAAGUUACAUUUUUAAGGAAUGUGGCAAAGACUUUGACUGGCACGCAGCACUACCUCAACAUCAGGGGAUGCAUACUGGAGAGAAACCGUACAGAUGCGAAGAAUGUGGUAAAACCUUUAAGGUCUGCUCAUCAGUAAAUAGACAUAAGCGAAUCCAUACUGGAGAGAAACCUUACAAAUGUGAAGAAUGUGGCAAGGCCUUUAACCAGCAGUCAAGCCUCACUGAACAUCACAGAAUUCAUAAUGGAGAGAAACCUUACAAAUGUGAAGAAUGUGGCAAGGCCUUUAUCCAGCGCUCACACCUUAUUAGCCAUCACAGAAUCCAUACUGGAGAGAAACCUUAUAAAUGUAAAGAAUGUGGCAAGGCCUUUAACCACCACUCAGGCCUUACUCAGCAUCACAGAAUUCAUACUGGAGAGAAACCUUAUAAAUGUAAAGAAUGUGGCAAGGCCUUUAACCAUGACUCAAGCCUGACUCAGCAUCACAGAAUUCAUACUGGAGAGAAACCUUACAAAUGUAAAGAAUGUGGCAAGGCCUUUAAUCAGCGCUCACACCUUAUUAGUCAUCACAGAAUUCAUAUUAGAGAGAAACCUUACAAAUGUAAAGAAUGUGGCAAGGCCUUUAGCCAGCACUCACAUCUUAUUCGACAUCACGGAAUUCAUACUGGAGAGAAACCUUACAAAUGUGAGGAAUGUGGCAAGGCCUUUAAUAGGCAUUCAUACCUUACUCAACAUCACAUAAUUCAUACUGGAGAGAAACCUUACCAAUGUAAAGAAUGUGGCAAAGCCUUUAACCAGCACUCAAGCCUUAUUCACCACAACAGAAUUCAUACUGGAGAGAAACCUUAUAAAUGUAAAGAAUGUGGCAAGGCCUUUAAACAUGACUCUACACUUACUCAGCAUCACAGAAUUCAUACUGGAGAGAAACCUUACAAAUGUAAAGAAUGUGGCAAGGCCUUUAUCCAGCACUCACAACUUAUUAGUCAUAACAGAAUUCAUACUGGAGAGAAACCUUACAAAUGUAAAGAAUGUGGCAAGGCCUUUAAUCACAACUCAAGCCUUACUUACCAUCACAGAAUUCAUACUGGAGAGAAACCUUAUAAAUGUAAAGAAUGUGGCAAAGCCUUUAAACAGCACUCAAAACUUACUCGACAUCACAGAAUUCAUACUGGAGAGAAACCUUAUAAAUGUAAAGCAUGUGGCAGGGCCUUUAAACAGCACUCACACCUUACUAAUCAUUACAGAAUACAUACUAGAGAGAAACCUUAACAAAUUGGAGAGAAACCUUACAAAAGUAAAGAACGUGGCAAGGCCUUUAAGCAGCGCUCAACCCUUACUCAACAUCACAGAACUCAUACUGGAGAGAAACCUUUUAAGUGUAAAGAAUGUGGCAAGGCCUUCAACAAGCCCUCAACCCUUACUCAACAUCACAGAAUUCAUACUGGAGAGAAACCUUACAAAUGUAAAGAAUGUGGCAAGGCCUUUAUCCAGCAGUCACACCUAACUGUACAUCACAGAAUUCAUACUGGAGAGAAACCUUAUAAAUGUGAAGAAUGUGGCAAGGCCUUUAGCUUUCAGUCAAGCUUUAUUAAACAUCACAGAAUCCAUACUCGAGAAAAACAUUACCAAUGUAAAGAAUGUGGCAAGGCCUUUGAGCAGGAACCAGACCUUAUUCAACAUCACAGAAUUCAUACUAGAGAGAAACCUUACAAAUGUAAAGAAUGUGGCAAGGCCUUUAGGAAGCAAUCACAACUUACUCAACAUCACAGAAUCCAUACUGGAGAGAAACCUUACAAAUGUAAAGAAUGUGGCAAGGACUUCAGCUUUCAAUCAAGCUUUAUUCAACAUCACAGAAUUCAUACUGGAGAAAAACCUUAUAAAUGUAAAGAAUGUGGCAAGGCCUUCAACAAGCCCUCAACCCUUACUCAACAUCAUAGAAUUCAUACUGGAGAGAAGCCUUACAAGUGUAAAGAAUGUGGCAAGGCCUUCAUCCAGCAGUCACACCUAACUGUACAUCACAGAAUCCAUACUGGAGAGAAACCUUAUAAAUGUAAAGAAUGUGGCAAGGCCUUUAGCUUUCAGUCAAACUUUAUUCAACAUCACAGAGUCCAUACUCAAGAGAAACAUUACCAAUGUAAAGAAUGUGGCAAGGCCUUUAAGCAGGAAGCAAACCUUAUUCAACAUCACAGAAUUCAUACUAGAGAGAAACCUUAUAAAUGUAAAGAAUGUGGCAAGGCCUUUAGGAAGCAAUCACAACUUACUCAGCAUCACAGAAUCCAUACUGGAGAGAAACCUUAUAAAUGUAAAGAAUGUGGCAAGGCCUUUAUCCAUCGUUCAAGCUUUACUCAACAUCACAGAAUCCAUACUGGAGAGAAACCUUACAAAUGUAAAGAAUGUGGCAAAGCCUUUAACCAGCAAUCACACCUAAAUACACAUCACAAAAUUCAUACUGGAGAGAAAUCUUAUAAAUGUAACGAAUGUGGCAAGGCCUUUAGCUUUAAAUCAGGCUUCACUCAACAUCACAGAAUUCAUACUGGUGAGAAACCUUACCAAUGUAAAGAAUGUGGCAAGGCCUUUAUCCAGCUCUCACACCUUAAUCGACAUCACAGUAUUCAUCAUGUAGAGAAACCUUAUAAAUGUAAAGAAUGUGGCAAGGCCUUUAACCACCACUCAGGCCUUACUCAACAUCACAGAAUUCAUACUGGAGAGACACCUUACAAAUGUAAAGAAUGUGGCAGGGCCUUUAAGCAGCAGUCAAACCUUAUUAAGCAUCACAGAAUUCAUACUGCAGAGAAACCCUACAAAUGUAAAGAAUGUGGCAAAGCCUUUAAGCACCAUGUACACCUUAGGCAACAUCACAGCAUCCAUACUGGAGAGAAACCUUACAAAUGCAAAGAAUGUAGCAGGGCCUUUAUCCAUCAGUCAGGCCUUACUCGACAUCACAGAAUUCAUACUGGAGAGAAACCUUACAAAUGUAAAGAAUGUGGCAAAGCCUUUAACUGGCAUUCAGCCCUUACUCUACAUUACAGAAUUCAUACUGGAGAGAAACCUUUCAAAUGUAAAUACUGUGGCAAGAGGUUUAUCCAGCAAUCAAGCUUUACUCAACAUCACAGAAUUCAUACUGGAGAGAAACCUUACAAAUGUAAAGAAUGUGGCAAGGCCUUUAUCCAGCAGUCACACCUGACUUUACAUCACAGAAUUCAUACUAGAGGAAAGAAACCUUAGAAGUGUAAAGAAUGUGGUAGAGCUUUUGGAUUGCUCAACCUUUUUUUUUUUUUUAAGAUUUUAUUUAUUUAUUUGACGGAUAGAGUCACAGCGAGAGAGGGAACACAAGCAGGGGCAGUGGGAGAGGGAGAGGCAGGCUUCCCACCGAGCAGGGAGCCCGAUGUGGGGUUUGAUCCCAGGACCCUGGGAUCAUGAGCCGAGCCAAAGGCAGACGCUUAAUGACUGAGCCACCCAGGCACCCCUGGAUUGCUCAACUUUUACUCAGCAUCACGGAGUUCAUACUGAGGAGAAAUACUACAUACGACAAAUGGAAAGAAUGUGGCAAACCUCUAGCUGGAAGUCAUAACUUGCUCAACAUCAUCCUUACCAUACAGGAGCAAAACUGUAACAUGUAAAGAAAGCAGCCAAGCCUUUAAGUGGAAUUCAAUCCUUACUGGGUAUCCCAAAAUGCAGUCUCGGUUCAAACUGUACAAACAUAAUGAAUGAGGAAAGACUUCCUCUUAACAAUUUAGAAAACAUCAGAGUUCAGAGAAGAAAUGUAACUUGAAGAUAAAAAUAUGUAGAAACGUUUUAAACAUCAAAUGUCAGUAAAUGUCAUAGAAUUCACAGUACAAAGCAGUACAUCUGUCACUCUUCAGAGAUUACAUCGAAAAAGGAAUAAUACAAAGUUAGUUAGAUAAUGUAUAUGCUGUUGUGCUUCAUAAUAUAGAAGAGAGGGAUUUUUUUAAACAUUUGGUCAGUAUUUUUAAGAUUUAUUUACUUGACAGCACAAGCAGGGGGAUCGGCAGGCAGAGGGAGAGGGAGAAAGCAGGCUCCCUGCUGAACAAGGAGCCCAAUGUGGGGCUCGAACCCUGGACCCCGGGAUCAUGAAAUGAAGAACUCCUCAUAGAUACCAGAGAAUAGCUAACUCUUGCAUAAAAUGAGAUACAUCCACAUUUUUAGAGAAUUACCGGAGUCCUGAAAGUGUUUUAGUAGCAAAAUUAAGUUGGUAAGAAGUUAAACUAGACUGCUAUAUAAGAAGUCUUCUUUAAGCCUCAUGGUAAUCACAAAACGAAAAAAUGUAGUAGAUACACAAAACAGAAAAGAGAAAAUAACCUAAGUAUACCCUUACAGAAAAUCAUCAAAUCACAAAGAUAGCAAAUGAAUAAGAAAGGGACAAAUAACUCUAAACAGGUAGAAAACAAAAGAAUGACAACCGUAACUCCGUACUUGUACUGAUACUUGCUUUAAAUAUAAAGGGACUAAAUUCUCCAAUCCAAAGACAGAUUGCCUGAAGCGAAAGAAAUACAAGACCCAACUAUAGUCUUCAAGAGACUGCAAGUUUUAAGAACACACAGACUGAAAGUGCAGGUGUGGAAAAAGAUAUUCUAUGCAAAUGGUAUCGAAAAGAAAGCAGGAUAGCUAUGUUUCCAUCAGUCAAAAUAAACUUUAAGCCAGAGAGUAUAGUAAUACACGGCAAAGGUCAUUAUAUAAAGGGCUCACUUUGUGCAGUGUUUUUAAUUACGUGGUGUUUGGCAUAAUGUCAAAAAGGAUUUCCCCCAUUUUAGAUUUGGAAGGACAGGAAUAGUAUGAUUACGUAACUUGUGUAGUACUUACCACUUUCAAAACCAACACCUUUUUUAUGACCUAUUGCUGUGUUUUGAGGGUUGGGGGGAAAACUGGACAAUUUGAGAAAGACCUAUUGCUUUCAGAUUUUGAUGUGUGUGAAAAAAGUAUGGAUGCAGGGAAAAUCUUGGCAAUUUAACAAGUAGCCAAUAGUUUAUCAAAACUAACUUGUACAGGCUAAUAAAUCUUUUCACAGUUUUCAGUUGUCUAAGCUCUUGCUAUUAUACAUUGCAUAGUUUUUGCACAUGUUAUUUAAUUUACAUUGUUAUCUGCUAUUUAAAGUCCCUAAAUAAAUUACUUGUACUUUCAGGCAGGUUACCAUAGUGCCCUUCAGUAAGAUUUCUGCUAUCAUUUCUGGGCAGUAUUUCUUAAAUACAGUUGCAAAUGAUAGGCUUUGUAUGGGUCACCUUUGUCAUAAUUGUGAUAGUGGAUUUAGUUGAAGCUGGGUUUUUUCUGAAAUGUACAUCUUCCCAUAAGAAACCCUUACAUUCCAGUUGAUUCAAAGUUUUUAGCAUAGCUUACAUGUGACUAACGGUUGUAUACAUUAUAUAUGCAUUUAUUAAACAUAAAGCAUUCACUCCCUUAAUGUUGGGAGAAAGGUAGCUAAUGUACUUACAAUUUGUGUUAAAUUAAAGCUGUAGGUUUGUAUAUUCAUAUAGAGUAGUUGCUUUCUGCUCUCUGAGCAAAAAACAAUUGGAUUGUUGAUUUUUUUCAAAAAUUUGGAUGCAUAGGAGUCGCUUAUUAAAGAUUUUUUUUUUUUUUAAAGAUGUUAUUUGACAGAGACACAGCGAGAGAGGGAACACCAGCAGGGGGAGUGGGAGAGG